GACAACGCCUCUCUCUCCCUCUCAAUACACUCACACACUCAGGCCUUUGACGUGGCCUCAUAGCGUCAUCACCACUCCUCUCUGCUUCAAAACCGAAACGUCUGAAUUGAAAGCCAUUCACAUUGAUCAUACGGGAGGGGACUCUAUCUACGGAGCCACAUCUGAAAGGAACGGUGGUGCUGUUGAGCGGCAGAAAUGGCCGGAAAUGAUUGGAUAAACAGCUACUUGGAGGCGAUACUGGAUGUCGGGCCCGGGAUCGAUGAUGCGAAAUCGUCUCUGUUGCUCCGGGAGAGGGGCAGGUUCAGCCCUACCCGUUACUUCGUCGAGGAAGUCAUCACUGGCUUCGACGAGAGCGAUCUCCACCGCUCUUGGCUCCGAGCACAAGCGACUAGGAGCCCUCAAGAGCGUAAUACUAGGUUGGAGAACAUGUGCUGGAGAAUUUGGAAUCUGGCUCGCCAAAAGAAGCAGCUUGAGGGAGAGCAAGCUCAGAGGUUGGCAAAGCGCCGUCAGGAACGUGAGAAGGGCCGCAGAGAGGCAGUUGCUGACAUGUCAGAGGACUUAUCAGAAGGAGAGAAGGGGGAUCCAAUCAGUGAUAUUUCAGCUCACGGUGAAAGCACCAGAGGUCGGUUGCCUAGAAUUAGUUCCGCAGAGACAAUGGAGUAUUGGGCCAAUCAGCAAAAGGGGAAGAAGUUGUAUAUCGUACUUAUAAGUUUACAUGGUUUAAUACGAGGUGAGAAUAUGGAGCUUGGUCGAGACUCUGAUACUGGAGGUCAGGUAAAGUAUGUUGUAGAACUUGCUAGAGCUCUAGGCUCCAUGCCGGGUGUGUAUAGAGUUGACCUGCUUACUAGACAAGUCUCGUCUUCAGAAGUUGAUUGGAGUUACGGUGAACCUACAGAGAUGUUGACCCCUAUAAACUCUGAAAGCCGGAUGUCUGAGUUGGGAGAGAGCAGCGGUGCUUAUAUAAUUCGUAUUCCAUUUGGACCAAGCGAUAAAUAUAUUCCCAAGGAACACCUCUGGCCUUACAUCCCUGAAUUUGUUGAUGGUGCUCUUAACCACUUUAUUCAAAUGUCAAAAGUUUUAGGCGAGCAAAUUGGUAACGGGCGUGCUGUGUGGCCUGUUGCUAUACAUGGACAUUAUGCAGAUGCUGGUGACUCUGCUGCUCUUCUAUCGGGUGCUUUGAAUGUCCCAAUGCUCUUCACUGGUCACUCACUUGGGCGAGAUAAGUUGGAACAACUGUUGAGACAAGGCCGGUUGUCAAAGGAUGAGAUAAACUCAACAUAUAAAAUAAUGCGUAGGAUUGAGGCAGAGGAGUUAUCACUCGAGGCUUCAGAAAUUGUCAUAACUAGCACACGACAGGAGAUAGAGGAGCAGUGGCGUUUGUAUGAUGGAUUUGAUCCAAUUCUAGAGCGCAAACUUCGUGCUAGGAUCAAGCGUAAUGUCAGCUGCUAUGGCAGGUUUAUGCCACGCAUGAAUGUAAUUCCACCUGGGAUGGAGUUUCAUCAUAUUGUUCCACAUGAAGGUGAUAUAGAUUUUGAAACAGAUGGAGCAGAAGAUGGGAAAGCCCCCGACCCACCGAUUUGGACAGAGAUAAUGCGCUUCUUCUCCAAUCCAAGGAAGCCUAUGAUUCUUGCCCUUGCCAGGCCUGAUCCUAAAAAGAACCUCACUACUUUGGUGAAGGCAUUUGGAGAAUGUCGUCCAUUGAGGGAGCUUGCUAAUUUGACUCUAGUAAUGGGUAACCGUGAAAACAUUGAUGAAAUGUCAAGCACCAAUGCAUCAGUUCUCCUUUCUAUACUGAAGAUGAUAGACAAGUAUGAUCUGUAUGGCCAAGUGGCUUAUCCAAAACAUCACAAGCAGUCUGAUGUUCCUGUUAUAUAUCGUCUUGCUGCAAAAACAAAGGGAGUUUUCAUAAACCCAGCUGUUAUUGAGCCUUUUGGACUGACUCUGAUUGAGGCUGCAGCACAUGGUCUCCCAAUGGUUGCCACCAAAAAUGGUGGGCCUGUUGAUAUACAUAGGGUUCUUGACAAUGGUCUCCUUGUUGAUCCCCAUGAUCAGCAGGCUAUUGCUGAUGCUCUUUUGAAACUGGUUGCAGACAAGCACCUGUGGGCUAAGUGCAGAGCGAACGGAUUAAAAAAUGUACAUCUUUUCUCAUGGCCAGAGCAUUGUAAAACUUAUCUCUCUAGAAUAGCAGGUUGCAAGCCAAGGCAACCAUGUUGGCUGAGAAAUGCAGAUGAUGAUGAAAACUCAGAAUCAGAGUCACCUAGUGAUUCUUUGAGAGAUAUACAGGAUAUAUCUUUGAAUUUAAAGUUUUCACUAGAUGGUGAUAAAAAUGAUGAUACUGAUGCCUUUUUUGACCCUGAUGAUCGAAAGAGUAAGUUAGAGAAUGCUGUCUUGGCUUGGUCCAAGAGUGUGAAGGGCACUCCCAAACCUGCAUCAAUGGAUAAAAUAGACCAGAGUUCUAGUGUUGCUAAGUUCCCAUCAUUGAGGAGAAGGAAGCAGAUAUUUGUUAUAGCAGUGGACUGUGAUGCCAGCAAAGGUCUGUUUGAAAAUGUGAAAAAUAUAUUUGCUGCGGCGGAAGCAGAGAGGAUGGAAGGGUCUAUAGGUUUCAUAUUGGCCACAUCGUUCAGCAUGUCAGAAGUGCGUUCUUUUCUGGUUUCAGAGGGGAUGAAUCCUACUGAUUUCGAUGCUUUCAUUUGCAACAGUGGCGGUGAUCUUUACUAUUCGUCGUCACUAUCUGAAGAUAAUCCUUUUGUGGUUGACUUGUACUACCAUUCCCACAUUGAAUAUCGCUGGGGUGGUGAGGGUUUGAGGAAGACUUUAGUUCGCUGGGCGGCUUCUGUUGCUAACAAGAAAAAUAAAGAGCAUAUUGUUGUUGAAGAUGAAAGAAAUUCAGCCGACUACUGCUAUACCUUUAAAGUUUGCAAUCCCGAAGGGGUUCCCCCUUAUAAGGAGCUUAGAAAGUUGAUGAGAAUACAGGCUCUCCGUUGUCACGUCGUUUAUUGUCAAAAUGGUAGCAGGAUCAAUGUGAUUCCAGUGCUGGCUUCUCGUUCCCAAGCACUCAGGUACUUGUAUCUGCGUUGGGGUAUGGACCUUUCAAAGCUGGUGAUCUUUGUUGGAGAAAGCGGGGACACCGACUAUGAAGGAUUGCUUGGGGGCCUACGGAAAGCCGUGAUACUGAAGGGAAUCUGCAGCAGUUCUAGCAGCCUGCUUCUUGCUAAUAGGAACUACCCGCUCACGGAUGUUGUCCCUUACGACAGCCCCAAUGUUGUCCAGACCGGCGAAAAUUGUGGCAGCUCCGAACUUCGUGCUUUGUUGGAGAACUUAGGCGUUCUCAAAGGAUGAGGAAAGCAUUCCCUUUCCUUGUACAGUAAAAUUUGAUAUGGUUAUGAAGCAAGCCUGUAAAGACCUGAGAUGUGUUGACGUCUGCCUGCUGUAGGGCAUUCGUUUCUCUUGAAUAAUGUGAGGGGAACCCAUUGCGGUCGUCCUUUCAACUCUGAAACCGGAACUUGGACUUUGUGUGUGCAGUUCUGUUGGCCUUUUUGGCAUAUUUAAUCGUGGUUUAUAGUGCAAUUGCAUGUGUGAUUUAUAUCCUGGCUAGUUUUCGCAUCUACUUUUGCUUAUUCUUUUUUGAGUUAUGGUACGUUUUUUCUCAAACAUAACAGAUUUUAUGGGAUAGAUCAGAGGGAGCAUAUAAUAAUCAAUCACACUCUGUUGCAACACCAUUCUAACGAGUAUGGAGCGUGCCAGGAGUAAAAGCUAGCGAAAACACAUUGAAAGAUAGCAAAUACAGCUCCAGUAAUCGAGCCAGGUAUGUCUCGUGCAACAAACAUUAACGAUCCUGCGGCGAGGCCAAAAAUGCUGCACACACAGACACCCACAUAUAUUGAUAAAAUAAUGACUGGAGAAAAGA